AUGCCAGCUGCUUCUGUUGUCCUUAGGACCAGCGUCCGCCUGGCUACGUCCCGAACUCUCACUCGUGUGUCCGCGCCCGCCCUGACCUCAUUCCGAUGCCUCAACCGCGCCCUCUCAACAACUCAUGCCCUCGCCGCCGCUUCCUCGCUCAACAGAGAUCGGGCCCGUGAGAUUGUGGCCCAGACUAUCAGCAGCAUUGGCAGCAAGCGCGAGACAGCAGCGUACCUCAAGGUUUUCACGCUUGCCUCCCAGCAUUUUGCAGUCAUCAAGGUCGGGGGCGCCAUUCUUCAGGAACACCUAGACGAGUUCUGUGGGAGUAUACUACUACUCUAUGAGCUUGGGCUAUACCCAGUCAUUGUCCACGGCGGCGGUCCGCAGCUGAAUUCCCUCUUGGAAGCUGAGGGGGUGGUUCCUCAAUUUGAAGAUGGAAUCAGAGUGACUGAUGCCAAAACCCUUACUAUUGCGCGUAAGCUUUUUCUAGAAGAAAACUUGCGACUCAUCAAACGCUUAGACGCAUUUGGUGUCGCAACGCGAUCUAUACAGGGAGCCUUUGGAGCAACUUACCUUGACAAGGAGAAGUGGCAGUAUGUGGGUAAGAUCACUGAGGUUCGGAAGGAAGCUAUCGAGAGCAGUAUAUCAGCAGGAUAUAUACCGAUCCUGACUUCGAUGGCUGAAGGGGAUGAUGGUCACCUCUUAAAUGUCAAUGCGGACGUUGCGGCUGCUGAACUUGCUCGUACGCUUAAGCCCUUAAAGGUUAUCUACCUCUCAGAAAAAGGAGGCCUUGUCAAUGGCGAGGGGAAGAUGAUCUCGCAGAUCAACCUGGAUGAUGAGUUUGAAUACCUCAUGGCUCAGCCCUGGUGUCGUUAUGGCACGCGUCUUAAAAUUCGGGAGAUGCAGGCUCUUCUCAAGGGUCUUCCCCGAAGCUCUAGCGUGGCUAUCAUCCACCCUGGUAACCUUCAGAAGGAACUAUUUACUGAUUCUGGCGCUGGCACCCUCAUCCGCUUGGGCAAUCGCAUUCGAAAGACUUCCUCGAUCAAGGAACUUCAAGAUAUCAGGAACCUCGAGGCUACGUUAAACAGCAGCUCCGACAGUCUUGAUAUUGCGGCUAUCGUGGAUCGAUCCGCCAGCAUACUAACAGAGAUGAACUUUACUGCCUACUAUGAUGAUGACAUGCAUUGCAUGGCUAUCGUCAUGCCUCAGGACCAAGGUACGGCGAUACUGACGAGUCUGUCUACUAGCAAGUCUGGCUGGCUCAACGGUACUAUGGAGAAUAUCUUUACUGGUAUCAAGAAGGACUACCCUACUCUAGCUUGGGCUGUUAGCGAGAGAGAUGAGAACUUGACCUGGUUCUUUGAACAGGCUGAUGGCAGUUUCCACCAAAACGGCAGAGUUCUCUUCUACUACGGGAGCGACAUGCACUCAGUGGCUCUCAGUCCUGUAUACAAGAACUUUGUGUCUGGGCGAGCUUCGCUUGGCGACUCCAACCUUGAAAGCGGCGGGACAGCUUGA